GUUAAUUAGAUCUUUUCUUCUUGUUUUGAUCAAUACUACCUGCUAUCAAAAUAUGUGACUUUUUUUCAACAUCCUGUAUAUAUUCAGUACUCUGAGGCUGGUAGUCAUAGUCGAUUCUUAUUUUAAAAUCACCUUAAGUAAUAUCUUAAGAUGCUAAUAUGGCUUUUUGAUUGGUUAAUAACAUCUUAAGAUUGCACUUUGAAUAAUCUUAAUAAUAAGAAUUGAUUAUGAAUACCUCAUAUUAGAAUAUGAUUUGUCAAUUCUUAAAGGCUCUCUACAAAUAUUGCACAGUAGUAUUUUUUUUACAAGGGUACCGUUUGUUGAUUCAAAAUAACCACCAUAAAAGUGUUAUGUGAAACAAAAUAUUUGUACAUUAGACAUAUCUUCAACUUAUAUAUAAGUUUUUAUAAAAUAAUUCGUAAAACUAUUUAUAAGUACAAAUCGCAAAGGAAAAUGUAUUUUACGCGUAAUCGCACGAAAUAGUAGGUAUCACUUUACAUUUAUGUAAAGUAACAUAUAAAUAUUUUAAUAAAUCUAUAACCCUAAAUACAGAUAAUGAUAUGAACAUCAAAAUAGUUUUCGUACCUUACAACUUUUAUUAUCUUAAUAAAUUUCCGCAAUAACGUAUGUAGUAACUACAAGGAGAAAUAACUAGCUAGAUCAACGGUUUAAAGUAUGUAUGUAACAUCAGCGCUUAAGCUUAUUUUUUGUUAUUUACAAUUCACGUGAUUUUUUUCAGUAGGGUAAGCCACUUUUAGAGAAUAAUAAGAACGAUUCUUGAACAUAUUCAGUUUUGGAUUUGAUACCAAAACUUCCUUUCCGAGAAAAAUUUCACUCGAAAUAGUGCAUUGAGCAUAUACUAUAUUAUAAAGUAUACUAUAUUAUAUUUAGUCAAAUUUUCCUCGGAGAGGAUAUUCUGAAAUGUAACUUAGGUCAUUAGGCAAGAGUUUCAUAUAAGAUAAAUUUUUGUUUAUUGAAAUGUUCAUAUAAAAAGCAGUGCGAAGACAUGACUACGUUUACACAUCGCCAUUAAUAGAGUUUAGUAACAUCCAUGGUUAUGAAAUUGGCCAAUCACAGACAUUCCAUUCUUCAGAGGUAUACUUAAUAUUGGUCAAAGUGAUCCUGGUCACUUUUUUGGCUUGAACUUGUCCUGUAAUUGGCCUGUUGCUUUCUAUCUAACGGCAAAUUUUUCUGCGUUUCAUGAACGGUAGUCAUUAAAAAAACACCGCGUUUGAAAAAAUACCGCGCGCGGGAUACCACUGAACGGAAUUAGUACUUCAAUUGUUUUUGUCCAUGGGAGCCUAAUGCCUGGCUAACGACUAACGUAAAGCUUCAUUGAAUAAUUUUAUUAUAUUCGUACAUUUUGACUGGUCUACAAGUGAAAAAUGUCACAGUAUACAUUAUUAUUAUGUCAUCAUAAUAAAUAUUAUGUGUCAAGCAAUACAAGAGAGCUAUACGUUAAAUGUGUUGUUGACGAGAAUCGCAAAGAAAAAUGUAUUUUACGUGUAAUCGCACGAAAUAGUAAGUAUCACUUUAUAUUUAUGUAAAGUAAUAUAAAUAUUUUAACAAAUCUAUAAUCCUAAAUACAAAUAAUGAUAAGAACAUCAAAAUAGUUUUUGUACCUUACAACUUUUUUUAUCUUAAUAAAUUCAGGCAAUAAUUCCGGUGUUAACUUGUGAUUUUCGAAAUAAUUAAACCUGAAAAUUUAUUUUACAGAAAAUAAAUAUCAACUUAUAAAAAUUGCUAAAAAUUUAAACACAAAUAUGCCAAGAAUUGCUUUACAAAAUAUAAAAUUAGUGACUGAUGCUAAAAGUAUCAUUAAAGAAGUACAGCAUGUCAGUAGUGUUAAUAAGCAUAUCACUAGUUCGAUUAACUGCAUAGACUUUGAGAAGAAUACAAUAUCUUUUGAUAAAAGAUCUGAUCGCAAUACAGUAAACGAUGGUGAGAGUAACAUUAGUAAUCCUGUGAUACGUACUGACUCUGAUAAGAUAGCAUUUAUCAAUAAUUGUGAUAAUAAAGAUAAUAGAGAAAAGACUGGAAAUCUGAACGUAACAUUUUCUUUUGAUAGGAGCAAUAAUUUAGAAAGGGUUGAUGAUAUUAAUGCCACAAAUUCCAUGAAUGGAAACAUUUCUGAUAAUACAUCUUCCUACAACAAUGGUAAUCAUAUCAUGAUGGACAAUGAGAAAAAUUCUAGCAUUGAUUUUAUAGCUAAUGUUGAACCAAAUAGUAGUGAAGUGAGAGAUGUUAACUAUUCCAUGAACGUUAAUGAUAACAUAUGCAAUACAGUAAACGAUGGUGAGAGUAACAUUAGUAAUCCUGUGAUACGUACUGACUCUGAUAAGAUAGCGUUUAUCAAUAAUUGCGAUAAUAAAGAUAAUAGAGAAAAGACAGGAAAUCUGAACGUAACAUUUUCCUUUGAUAAGGGCAAUAAUUUAGAAAGGGUUGAUGAUAUUAAUGCCACAAAUUCCAUGAAUGGAAACACUUCUGAUAAUACAUCUUCCUACAACAAUGGUAAUCAUAUCAUGAUGGACAAUGAGAAAAAUUCUAGCAUUGAUUUUGUAGCUAAUGUUGAACCAAAUAGUUGUGAAGUGAGAGAUGUUAACUAUUCCAUGAACGUUAAUGAUAACAUAUGCAAUGGCAAUGAUCUUAGUAUACUAGAUAAUAUUAUCGAUAUCAACAAUUCUACGAAUAUCAAUUUUGAUGAUGUAUUGUCUUAUGGGAAUGACAAAGGCUGUAAAUUUUUAGACGAUAAUAAUAUCAAUGCUAUAAAUAGUCAUAAUUCUGAUAACAAUGAAUUAUUUGUUAACCUCAAUGGCAGUGGCAAUAAUUCUGAGACAGGUAUUGUUAUCAACGGUGACCUUAUAUUUCCCUUUGACAUUAACUCUAAUAUAUUGGAUGAUGAUAAUGCUACUGCCAAAACUUCUGCGAGUUCCAGUAAUAAUGUUGAUAUGAUCCUCCCUUGUAAUGACACAAGUGAUAAUAUUGCUUCUGCAACAAAUAUAACAAAUAUUUCUGAAUAUCUACCUUCAACAUCAGAAACUACAGUUGAAACAGAAAUUGUAGAAUGUGAAAGAAAUCAUGUUUCUACAAAUAAUGAUAAAAAUUCUUCAGUGUCCCUGAUAGACAUUUCUUCUGUAAAUGCAUUUGGUUGUAGAGAAGAAAAUUUAAGUAUUCCAUUUUCUCAACCUAAAGGACUUCAAAAAAAGAAUUUUUGCUACUACUGCAAAAAGUUUCAAAGUAAAAUUGCACGCCAUUUAGAAAAUGUACAUAAACUGGAACCUGAAGUGCAGAAAUUCAUAUUAUUGCCAAAAGGCAAUUUAGAAAGAAAAAAAAUUAUAGAAACUAUUAGAAAGAAAGGAAAUUUCAUACACAAUACGGAUCCUUCUUUAAACACGGGUACGUUAGUUGUUUGCCGAAGGCCUGCUGAGAAGAGUGGAAAAAGUAUAAAAGACUAUACGUGUUGUGCAAAAUGUAAAGGAUGGCACGUUAAAAAUAAUAUUAGACACCAUUUUAAAGAAUGUGCACAUGUACCCAAAGGCAGAAAUGUUCAAAUUUUGGGACGUGCGGUGAUGGGAAGGAUUCAUGAAUGUGCAAGUGAAACAGUAAGAAAGUUUUUAUUUCCAGUUUUAAGGGAAGAUGAUGUUACACGAUGUAUCAGAUAUGAUAAAUUAUUAAUAACAUAUGCAAAUAAGCUAUGUAUCAAGUACACUCAUCAACAUCAACAAGAUAUGAUACGUGCUAGGCUUCGAUUAUUAGGACGGUUUCUUAUCGCAAUAAAAGAAUAUAACUCUAUAGUAACAGAAUUUUCUGACAUAUACAAUCCUGCGGUAUACGAUGAUUGUCUUAAAGCAGUAAAUAAAGUAGCUGAUUUUAAUUGUAUUACUAAAAAAUUCGGUGCCCCAUCAGUUGCGUCAAAUAUUGGAACAUAUUUAAAACACAUCGGUAAUUUAUUAAUAACAGAGAACAUAAAAACAAAUGACAAAGAAAAGCAAGAAAAAACUGAAAAUUUUUUAAAAAUAUUGCAAGAAGAUUAUGGAACAUCUAUUAACAAAAUAGUAGAAGAAAAUAUAACGCAACAUAAAAGACAGAAGAAAGUUACACUACCAUCUAUGGAGGAUAUAAAGAAGUUACAUUCAUAUUUAUCGAAUCAAAGAAGAUUAUUAUAUACAAAGCUUCAAAAGAAAUUCACGUUCCACAUAUGGCAGGAUUUUGCAAAAGUUACACUUACAUCCACACAAGUUUUCAAUAGGAGAAGAGCUGGAGAAAUUGAACGUGUUACCAUAGAAGACUUUAAUACUCGCGAAGGCAUAACAAAAAAAAAUUGUUCAGAUUUAUAUAAAACAUUAAAAACAAAUUUAAAACAGAUUGCUGAUAAAUAUGUGAGGUUCUUAAUUCGUGGCAAAUUGGGGCGCACAGUGCCUGUGAUUUUAGACAUGGAAAUAGUUCAGUGCAUUGAACUAAUUUUAAAAUAUCGAAAGGAUGCAAACGUUCCUCAAAAUAAUCCUUACGUAUUUGGAAUACCUAAUUAUAGCAAUAAGCGCAAUUUCAAAUAUUUAAGAGCAUGUGUUCUUAUGCGGAAUUUCUCUAAAAAGUGCGAUGCACAGAUGCCACAUGCAUUAAGAGGUACUGAAUUGCGAAAACACAUUGCUACGACAUGUAUUACGUUGAAUUUAUCUGAAAAUGAAGUAGAUGAUUUGGCAAACUUUAUGGGGCAUCACGAAAAAAUUCACAAACGCCACUAUCGACAGUCUAUACCAGCGGUAGAAAUUAUUAGAAUGACCAAAUUUCUGGAAGCAGCAUUAGGUGAAGAUGCACAACAGUCCAAUGCUAAUGAUCCAGAAGAGACAGUAAAAGAUUCCUCGAGUGAAAGAGAAGAAAGCGAUUCUGAAAAGAGUGAGAUAAAUGAAUCCUUGUCAGUGCAGUCUGAAAGCAAAUUUUUUGAAACUAACAUAACAAAAAGGCGAACGCAACAAAAGUCUGCCAUUUUGAAUAAUGAUUAUAAUUCCGAUGAAAUUUAUAUUCCUAAGAUGAAAAAACGUCGUAGUACAUCUCCAUUUGGCAUAACAAAAAGAAGACAUUGGACAGAAGAAGAACGUAAUACAAUAUUCAAAGAAUUUGCAAAAGAAAUUGCUAUUUCUCAAUUGCCAUCUGCUAAGAAAAUUGUCCAAGUAAAAGAUAGAAAUAAGUGUUUGGUUAAUCGAUCUGUUGCUCAAAUUAAAACAUGGAUACAUAACUAUAUAACUGGCAAAAUUAAACGUAUUUAAUUUUGCCAGUUUUUUAUUGCCAGUGAUAGUUAUAUGCUUGCCAGUUGUGCAGGUGACUCAGUACAACUACGCGUUCUUGUAAAGACGUGUUCUUAGUUGAAUUUUGAGACGAUUUUUCCUCUACGAAAUUUUUGUCCGAUGCUUACUUUUUGAAUGAUAACAGGGUAUAGUUAGCGAACCUCUGCUUACUUCUUGCUCACGGUC